ACUAGUUGGUUCAUAAAAUUUUAAAAAUGAGUGGAAUUAGUCUUUAUGGCCGCCCUUCUCUUCUUCGUUUCUGCCAUCACUCAUCACUAAUCACUCUUUAAUCAUUACUCACAGUCAACUCUUUCUUCUUCUUCUUCGGAUCUAAAACGCAUUUCUCUCCCCCCGAUACGACGGCGUUCUCAGCUACCGCCACCGGUUAGGUAGCUGAAGCUGAGAAUGCCCCCCUACCCCUACCGUUACCGUAGCACUGCGAUAAGGAUGCCACGUGGCACCAUUCCCAACUGGUAAUGCUUCUCUUCUUAGCUCCUACAGCCACAGUAGGUAAACCACACUAAUCCCUAGCACUUUUUAGGCUUUGGCUUUGGAUUCGAUUAAUAAUAAAAAAAUUUGCAUUUUUCCGCUAUGGAAGCUCCGGUUAAGUUCUUCUGUGGUAACUCCAUUCUCAACCGCCAAGUCUUUGCCAAAACGGCCCCGUAUUACGCGUCUUCUCUCAUUUCACUUCACCGCCGAAACGACGCCGUAACAAGACCAAGACCAAGACCGAGACCCCAAUGCGCGCUUUCUCUCACUGCCUCUUCCUUCUCAGCCAGUCCUAUAAACCCUAACCCAAACCCCUUCUCCUUUUCGUCUCUUCUGUUUUCCAACCCAAUCUCUACCACCAACAAUUACUACGACCAAUUCCUCGCUCGCUCGUCAAACGACGGCGUUUUCGCGUGGAGUCGUGCUCCGGAGAGAUCCACCACCAAUGGUGGAGUACUUGUGGGUGACAAAAAGCCGGUAGUGGCGGUGGUGUUGUUGGGUUGGCUCGGUUCCAAGACCAAGCACCUCAAGAAAUACGUGGAGUGGUACAAUUCCAGGGGCUUUCAUGCGUUGACUUUCGUGGUCGAUGUCGGCGAGCUGCUGUGGUUUGAUUUAGGCCACAGAAUUGAGCAGAGAAUCGCGGCUUUGGCCAACGAGCUUGUAUCCUGGGUUUCGGACAAGGAAGAGGAUGGCAGAGAACGCUGCUUGGUUUUCCACACAUUCAGCAAUACCGGUUGGUUUGUCUAUGGUUCCAUUCUUGAGAUUUUGAAGGGUAGAGAAGACCUGAUGGAAAAGGUUAAAGGAUGCAUUGUUGAUUCGGGAGCAGCGGAGCCAUUUAAUCCUAAGGUGUGGGCUGCUGGAUUUUCUACUGCUCUACUGAAGAAGCGAAACUCUGUAAUGAAUGAAACCAGAAGUGAAGUGAGCUUGUCAAAGAUGCAAGGGAAUGAACCUCCAAUGGUUGAAACUGUGAUUCUAUCAGUUUUAGAGAGGCUUUUCUCUGUCUUGUUAAAGUUGCCUGAUGUUGAAUCGAGGUUAACAAAGAUUGUGUCCAACCUCUCACAAAACCAGCCUUAUUGUCCUCAGCUUUACCUCUAUAGUACAGCUGACAAAGUCAUUCCGUUUCAGUCUGUAGAGUUGUUUGUUGAGGAACAGAGGCAGACGGGGAGAAAGGUAAGGACUUUCAACUUUGGGUCUUCCCCUCAUGUUGACCAUUACAGGACAUUCCCCAGCCUAUAUUCAUCAGAGCUUCAUAAAUUCCUAAACGAGUGUUUUGCUGUAGUUAAGCAGUCAUAACCGAUUAUCCAAUUACAACUGUCAUUUGUUUCAAGUAUUGUUGUGGCAUUUUUAAUUCACCAGAGCAAAUAUAAUCAGGGAAUAAUUGCCUACUCCUUACAUUCUCCAUGUGGUGAUGGUUUAUUACAUUUUUGGACGGAUGACCACUUGCAGUUGUUCUGAAUGGAAUGCUGCAAUGCCAUAGUUCAUGAUGAUGUUUUCUAAAUAAUGCUCCCUUAUUCAUGCUUGUAUUAGUAGAACUGGAACAGAUUUGAUCAGAAUUUCAAGACUUUCCAUUGCUAGUUUCUCUAA